AUGGUAUUAUUUGCUUGUCUGUUCUUCUCUCUUUCUCUCUCUUUUUGUCUCCCUCUCUAUCUAUCUAUCUAUCUAUCUAUCUAUCUAUCUAUCUAUCUAUCUAUCUAUCUAUCUAUCUAUCUAUCUAUCUCAUUCUUCUGUUCAUUUCUCUCUCUCCAUCUAUCUAUCUAUCUAUCUAUCUAUCUAUCUAUCUAUCUACUAAUGCAUAUAAUUUUACGAACCAACUUACUGUUACAACAUCAAUAUAUCUUAGUUUGCUCAUUUCUAUCUAUCUAUCUAUCUAUCUAUGUAUCUAUCUAUCUAUCUAUCCCAGUUUGUUCAUAUAAAUCUCUCUCUGUUCAUAUCUAUCUAUCUAUCUAUCUAUCUAUCUAUCUAUCUAUCUAUCUAUCCGAAACAACCUACUGCUACAAUAGUAACAUAAUCCUAGUCUUUUCAUUUCUCUCUCUGUUUGUGUAUCUAUAUAUCUAUCUAUCUACUAAUGCAUAUAAUUUUACGAAACAACCUUCUGAUGCAAUACCAAUAUAUCUAAAUCUGUUUAUUCUCCCUCUCUCUCUCUCUCUCUCUCUCUCUCUCUCUCUAUCUAUCUAUCUACUAAUGCACUCUUUUAUUCUCCCUCCCCUCUCUCUCCAUCUCUCUCUCUCUAUCUAUCUAUCUAUCUAUCUGGUCUCACCUCGGUGA